AUGGAUUCUUAUUCAUAUGUAGCUCUUUCUUCUUCCUCUAGUUCUAUUCCAUUUUCCACAUAUCCACAAAAAGAAGUAAAGGAAAACAAAGCAUUAUCCUCAUAUCACUCCUCACUUCAUGGAAUUCGAAGGCUCCCAGCAAAACCAAUGACCAAACAACCAAUCGCUCCAAUGCCACCAAUACCUCCUAAAAUUUACAGAGUCGAACCUGUUGGUUUUAAGGAAGUUGUCCAAAUGCUCACCGCAGCUCCCGAGUUUCAAUCCGUCUCUAGUAGUUCUGAUUCUGGUUCUAGCUCUGGUUCUAGUUCUUUCAAUUUGAAGUGUUUACAAGAUGUCACUCCUCCUCGGAAAAUAUUUUGA